AUGGAGCAUGUUGCUAAAACUGUGAACAAACAUCCCAUCAUCAUCAAAGAGUUAAAUCUGUAUGAGAAACAUCAGACAGAUCCUUAUGGUCAUGACAUGAAAGACUGCACCAUCAGGGAGUUGUGGAGACGACUCAAGGACACAGCAGAAGUAGAUGGUAGAGUGAGACAGGUGGACGCCUUCAAUCAGGAUAAUCUUUGGAAGAAGCGAGGCAUCACAAUUACCACCAACAAGUACGGCAUGUUGUAUUUUGGUACCCAUACAGCAAAUGUCUCCAUCUAUGCCAGAGAUGGUUCAGUUGCUGUGUCCCAAGGAGGAGUUGAAAUGGGCCAGGGACUCUACACAAAAGUGGCACAGGGUGUGGCCCAAGCUCUGGGUGUGCCUUUGGACAACAUCAAAGUCCGACCUAAUCAGGGAAUUAUCACACCAAACAACAUUGUCUCUGGAGGCAGCGUGGCUAGUGAAUGUGCUAUGCAG